UCCAACAAUAGAAUAAAAGUCAAUUAAUGGCUUCUGUUGUUCCUCUUUUCCUUUCAUUUUGCCUAUUGUUGCUGCUCCCAUGUCUUGUUGUUGCUCAAACUGCUGGUACUGUCAGCCUGGGCACAGUAAUCAUUGCAAGUGAUAAUGCGGAACCUUGGCUUUCUCCUUCCACUGACUUUGCAUUUGGAUUUCACCAACUUGAGGAGAAAGAUCUUUUCUUACUUGCCAUAUGGUAUUACCAAAUUCCAGACCGUACCAUAGUUUGGUAUGCAAAUGGAGAUAAACCUGCUCCAAGAGGAUCAAAGGUGGAGCUAACAGCUGAGCGCGGGCUGGUUCUCAGUAAUCCUCAAGAUGAAGUGAUGUGGAGAUCAAAUUGGGCCACUGGUGAGGUUGCCCAUGCUGUGAUGAAUGAUACAGGGAAUUUUGUUGUUUUUGACAGAAAUUCUCGUCCAUUAUGGGAAAGCUUCAAGUAUCCUACUGACACAAUGUUACCAACUCAGAUAAUGGAGAUAGAUGGGUUGCUUACUUCUAGGCAAAGGGAGAACAACUUCUCACGAGGAAGGUUUCAGUUUCGCUUGCUUCAGGAUGGAAAUGCAGUUCUCAAUUCCAUAAAUUUGCCAUCCAACUACACUUAUGAUGCGUAUUAUAUCAGCGUUACUUAUGAUCCAGGAAAUAGUUCAAAUUCCGGUUACCUAGUGAUCUUCGAUGAAGAUGGCUACUUGUACGUAAGGAGAAGAAACAACGUGAAAUUUUUCCUCACCCCAGAUGAUAUUGUUCCUUCCAGGGACCAUUACCACAGAGCAACUCUCAAUUUCGAUGGGGUUUUCACCAUAUCUCAGCAUCCAAAGAAUUUUGAUGGCAACCAAAGCUGGGCUGUUAUCAGGACGUUUCCAGAUAAUAUCUGCAUCAGAAUGAAUGGGGCUAUGGGGAGCGGAGCUUGUGGGUUCAACAGUAUCUGUACGCUAAAUAAUAAUAAAAGGCCAACAUGUGGAUGCCCAACAGGUUAUUCUGUACUUGAUCCGGAUGAUAACUAUGGCAGCUGCAAACCGGAUUUCCAGCAAGGAUGUGAGGCUGAUGGACAGAUUUCCCCAGAAGAUAUAUACAACUUAGAGGAGCUGCCUAGUACAGAUUGGCCACAAAAUGAUUAUGAGUUGCUGAAGCCUUGCAGUUUAGAGGACUGCAGAACAUCUUGUCUGAAUGAUUGUCUAUGUGUUGUCGCAGUGUUGAGAGGUGACAGUUGUUGGAAGAAGAAACUACCGCUUUCAAAUGGUAGACAGGACAGAGAAGUAAAUGGAAGGGCUUUCCUGAAAGUAAGAAAACCUGAAUUCACUCAUCAAAAUCCUCAACCGUCAUUUCCCACCACGAAAAGGGAACAGGGAUUAUAUUUCUUCUACCACAACAAGCUCACAAGAUUUCACCGCAAUGAAAAUGCCAUGCAAAGCAGUUUGCGGCAUUUUACUUUCACGGAGCUUGAGGAAGUAACAGAUGGAUUCAAAGAAGAAUUAGGAAGGGGAUCUUUCGGCAUAGUAUACAAAGGGCUAAUACAAAAUGAUCCUACAGAUCCAACUGCAAUUGCGGUUAAGAAGUUAGACGGAUUUGUUCAGGACAGGGACAAGGAAUUCAAAACUGAAGUGAGUGUGAUUGCUCAAACACAUCAUAGGAAUCUUGUCAAAUUACUUGGAUAUUGCCAUGAGGGGCAAAACCGAAUGCUGGUAUAUGAGUACUUAAGCAAUGGCACUUUAGCAAGCUUCCUCUUUGGGGAUCUAAAACCCAGUUGGAAUCAGAGCACGCAGAUCGCCUUGGGAAUUGCAAGAGGACUAUUUUACUUGCAUGAAGAAUGCAGCCCCCAAAUCAUCCAUUGUGACAUAAAGCCGCAAAACAUACUUCUUGAUGAUUACUAUGAUGCUCGGAUUUCUGACUUUGGAUUAGCAAAGCUUUUAAGGAUUGAUUAAUCCCAUACUAAUACUGCUAUUAGGGGAACAAAAGGGUAUGUAGCACCUGAAUGGUUCAAGACCAUGCCAGUAACUACGAAGGUCGAUGUGUACAGCUUUGGCGUCUUGCUGCUAGAAAUAAUUUGUUGUAGAAGAAGUGUAGAGAUGGAGAUUGGAGUAGAGAAAGCAAUUUUGACAGAUUGGGCCUGUGAUUGCCUUCGUGAAGGCAAUCUAGAUGCUCUGGUGGACUAUGAUGUGGAGGCCUUAAAUGACAGGAAGAAGCUGGAGAGAUUUGUGAUGGUUGCUAUUUGGUGCAUUCAAGAAGACUUGUCUCUCAGACCCACAAUCAAGAAAGCUAUGCUGAUGCUUGAAGGAAUAGUUCAAGUUUCUGCUCCUCCAUGCCCAUGUCCAUUUAAUUCCAUUACCUGAAUUUCUUACUGCUAUUUUGUGCCUUGCUUCAUUGACAAUAAUCUACUAAGUAACUCACUUGUUAGUCUUAUCAUUUGGUCAUUUGAAGUGAUUGUUUUGUAUGUUAUUGCAUUGAUAUGGGUUUAAUUUAUUUCACAUGUAAG